AUGUCACAAGGAAAACAUGCAGAAGCAAGAGAACUAAUGUAUUCAGGGGCUUUGCUGUUCUUCAGUCAUAACCAGCAAAACAGUGCUGCUGAUCUGUCCAUGCUGGUUUUGGAGUCUUUGGAGAAAUCGGAUGCAAAAGUAGCAGAUGACCUUCUAGAAAACUUGGCUAAAUUGUUUAGUUUAAUGGAUCCAAAUUCUCCUGAAAGAGUGGCUUUUGUAUCCAGAGCACUAAAAUGGUCUAGCGGGGGAUCAGGAAAGCUUGGACAUCCAAAACUACACCAGUUACUAGCAAUUACCCUGUGGAAAGAGCAAAACUAUAGUGAAUCUCGGUAUCACUUCUUGCACUCCACAGAUGGCGAGGGAUGUGCAAAUAUGCUAGUAGAAUACUCCUCGUCCAGGGGAUAUCGCAGUGAGGUGGACAUGUUUGUAGCACAGGCAGUACUACAAUUUCUCUGCUUAAAAAAUAAGACCAGCGCAUCAGUUGUUUUUACAACAUACACACAGAAACAUCCUUCCAUAGAAAAGGGUCCGCCCUUUGUUCAACCACUGCUAAACUUCAUCUGGUUUCUGUUGUUGGCGGUUGAUGGUGGAAAACUAACAGUAUUUACAGUGUUGUGUGAACAGUAUCAACCUUCACUGAAAAGAGAUCCCAUGUAUAAUGAGUACCUAGAUAGAAUAGGACAGCUUUUCUUUGGAGUCCCGCCCAAGCAGACGUCGUCCUAUGGAGGAUUACUAGGAAAUCUUUUAAACAGCCUGAUGGGAACUGGAGAAGACGACGACGCAGAAGAUGGUCAGGAAGAUAGCAGUCCUAUCGAGCUCGACUGAAUGUUGUUGUCAUUGGGUGCGGUGUAAAUCUGAUGAUUCGAUGACUCCAAAGACAGUUUUGGAAUUUGAAUCCUGCAGUUGUUUCUUGGCGCCUAAAAGGGCUCCUCCGGUCUUUUAGAAAUGGUUGCUGAAAUGUUUAUAAUGUUUGGUCUAUAUUAUUUAUGUAAAAAAAAAAAGAAAGAAACCAACAAAAAGUAGCCAAACGAACCAAUCGGAGCAAUUGUUAGCAGGUUUCCGAUACAGCGGCUGGUGACUGAUUAAAAUAUAGUCUUCUACGGUUUCUGAUGCAGUAUUCCCUUUUGCACAGUAAUUCAGUAAAGCAUAGAUAUGGGUCUGUACUUCAGGGUCUACCAGUACCAGCUUUGUUACGAGAAAGCCUCCUCGACCUCUGCCAUCUCCAAGGAAGAUCUCGAAAGGUAGGGUGAGUGAUUAAAUCAUUUAUUUGCGAGGCUGGUGCCAAAAGUACUACGAGACGAGCCAAGCAGCAUAAUUUGAGAUGCACAUCC